AUGUCUCCACUGCAGCGUUGUAGGAGUCACGGUCUAUCCGGCUGCUUUGAAUGCUGUAAUAGGAGUUACUGCAAUAUACGAGGGUGUAAGGAUGAUGGUAUGGUUGGGAUAUCUCAGAGAGGGCCGUUCUGUUUUGAAUGUGGUCAUACUGGGGCCGGAGAUGUAUGUGAAACCGUGCGGUUGUGUUCCGUGACUGAGGCGUGCUUGAUUGAGGAGUAUAUGUGGGGUGAAAAUGACAGACACUUCAUUACGGGAUGCACUGACGCUCAGCUGUGCAGUAAUACAAGAAAACGAGCCGUGGCUGAGCUGGACAGGGAAGGGAGGAAUGUGCCAGUCUGUUCUCAUUGUUGUUCAACAGAUUUCUGCAACUCAAACUGCACAGAUGUCAGCAUAAUACCGGGUAUAAUUGGGUGAAGGAUGUUUCAAGCUAAAACGUUUACUUGAGGGUGUACAGAUGUUCAUUAAACCAAACUGAAUAUGUACGAAUUGUGUUUCGUUUAUAUCCGA